CGACCCAUCCGAGGAGUGUGCUCGAUCUACCAAGAAGAACGAUCCAUGGCGCGGCAACUCGUUGCUGCGGUGGCCGCUCUGGUGGCCGUGUGCGCCCUGGCGGCGGCCGCCGGCGUCCAGGCCCAGCCGCCGAGGAAGCUGCCGCCCAACUACCACAUGAUCAGCCCGGGCAAGUUCGGGCAGAGGAGCCAGCAGCUGUCGUGCAAGGACACCAACGGCAGGAAGGCGGGCUGCAUGGGCAAGUGCGACAAGCGCUGCCCCAACCAGUGCAUCGUCCUCUGCCCCAGCUGCAAGACAUACUGCAUGUGCGACUUCUACGCGGGCGUGUCCUGCGGUGACCCGCGCUUCACCGGCGGCGACGGCAACAACUUCUACUUCCACGGCAAGAAGGACCAGGACUUCUGCAUCGUCUCCGACGCCGACCUCCACAUCAACGCCCACUUCAUCGGCAAGCGCAACCCCUCCAUGAGCCGCGACUUCACCUGGAUCCAGGCCCUCGGCAUCCGCUUCGCCCACCACCGUCUCUUCAUGGGAGCCAAGAAUACCACCAGCUGGAACGGCGACGUCGACCACCUCGAGAUGUCCUUCGACGACGCGGCCAUCGAGAUCCCGAUCGAGGUCGGCGCACGGUGGCAGUCGGCCGCGGUGCCAGGGCUGACCGUCACGAGGACCGCGGCCACCAACGGAGUGAGGGUGCACCUGAGGGGCGUGUUCGACAUCAUGGCCAACGUGGUGCCGAUCACCGAGGAGGACUCGCGCAUCCACAACUAUGGCGUCGCGGGGUCGGGCGACAGCCUCGCGCACCUCGACAUCGGGUUCAAGUUCCACGACCUCACCGACGACGUGCACGGCGUGCUCGGCCAGACCUACCGCUCCGACUACGUGAACGAGAUGAGUGUGCACGCUAGCAUGCCUGUCAUGGGUGGCGCGCCAAACUAUGUCUCCUCCGACAUUUUUGCUGCCGACUGCGCCGUCUCCAGGUUCGGCCGCAACACCGGCAUCUCCAUGGUCACCGGCAAGACCGACUGAACUAUACAAAUACAUUGCAGACGUGAGCUUUGCAGCCACCUCCACUGCACUACUACACCCCUGCAACAAAUUCUGCUUCGUGCAAUCAACCAAAUUAGUGGUGUAAUGAGGAAGGAAAUAAAAAUGUAACGCAAGAUCAACCGUGGGCUGGUCUCUAUGCUUCGUUUCAUUUAAUCAAUAUAUACUCCCUCCUGCCAGGUUUAUAGGAUCGUGCACCAGUU